UAGCAGCAAAGUUGUUCACAAACCACUUUGCGGUUUGCAUUCGGUUUCAGCCAGCUUCACUAACUUGCUGCCAUGAGAAAAAUAACCUGUGUGCCCCUCACCAGCUGGGGAAGGGCCGCUGCCUGGUGAAGCGCUCCAUGCCCAAGGUGCAACGGCAGCACUGGGGUGGCGAUGGCACCUGGGCAGAGCACGGAGGACCUCAGCCAGCAGCACCAGGCAACGGGAGCAGGGGAGGAUGAGGAUGACAGCAGAGGCAACCACCACGGCAGCAGCAGCAGCAGCAGCAACCUCCGCAAGCUUUCUGCUCCGUCAGGCUUUGGAACAUUUACUUUCCUGUCAUCUGUGAUUGCUGCCGUAAGUGGACUUCUGAUGGGUUAUGAGCUGGGACUUAUCUCUGGAGCUCUUCUUCAGAUGAGCAACAUACUAUUGCUCUCUUGCAAAGAACAGGAAAUAGUUGUAAGUUCCCUUCUUUUUGGGGCCUUAUUUGCAUCCCUUACUGGUGGAUUCCUGAUAGACCGAUUUGGAAGGAGAUUUGCUAUUAUUAUUGCAUCUUCUUUACUUGUUUUGGGGAGUCUGAUCUUACUGCCCUAUGAAUCCUAUGGAAUACUUAUUGUGGGACGGAUUGCCAUAGGUAUUUCCAUAUCAUUAUCAUCAAUUGCUACAUGUGUAUAUAUUGCUGAGAUCGCCCCACAGCACAGAAGAGGCCUUCUUGUGUCUUUAAAUGAACUCAUGAUUGUGAUAGGCAUUCUUUUUGCCUAUAUUUCAAAUUACGCAUUUGCCAGUGUAUCUCAUGGCUGGAAAUAUAUGUUUGGCCUUGUGAUUCCAUUAGGUGCCUUGCAAGCUAUUGCCAUGUAUUUCCUUCCUCCAAGUCCCCGGUUUCUUGUUAUGAAAAAUAAUGAUGAAGCUGCAAGAAAAGUACUGGAGAGGCUACGGGAAACUUCAGAUGCUACCAAAGAACUUACUGUGAUCAAGUCUUCUUUGAAAGAUGAACAUCAGUAUAGUUUCUUGGACCUAUUUCGUUCAAAAAACAACAUGAGGGCCCGAAUGUUGGUAGGACUUACUCUAGUCUUUUUUGUGCAAACAACUGGACAACCUAACAUUUUAUUUUAUGCAUCUACUGUUUUGAAGUCAGUUGGGUUCCAAAGCAAUGAAGCUGCUAGUUUGGCUUCUACUGGAGUUGGAGUGGUUAAAGUGGUGAGCACAGUCCCAGCCACAGUGUUUGUGGAUCAACUUGGAAGUAAAACAUUUCUCUGUAUUGGCUCUUCUGUUAUGGCAGUAGCAUUGGUCACCAUGGGGUUAGUGAACCGUAACAUACAUGUGAAUUUCACCAAUGUCUGUAAAAGCCAGUCUCUGGAGGAUUCCUUUCUUCAUAGACCAGGAAACCUGAGCAGUCUCACCAAUGACAGUCUCAAGGACCUCUUUGCUAGUAUGGCUUCACAGGAAAGAAUAUCAUUCAACAUGCAGAGAAAGCCCGACAUUGCCAGGAUAGGAGAACAGAACAGGACUGCGCUGGCAGGGGGCAAAAGCACUACAGGAUCUCACACGGAAAGCGGGGAAGUUCCUGUUGUUCUGAAAUGGCUCUCACUGGCCAGCCUACUUGCUUAUGUUGCUGCAUUUUCCAUAGGUCUUGGACCAAUGUCUUGGCUGGUACUGAGUGAAAUUUUCCCUGGUGGGAUCAGAGGACGGGCCAUGGCUUUGACCUCUAGCAUGAACUGGGGUAUUAAUCUCCUCAUCUCCUUGACAUUUUUGACUGUAACUGACCUUAUUGGCUUGUCCUGGGUGUGUUUCAUUUACACAAUAAUGAGCCUAGCAUCCCUGGCUUUUGUUAUUGUGUUUAUACCAGAGACAAAAGGAUGCUCUUUGGAGCAAAUAUCCAUGGAACUAGCUAAACAGAAAUAUGUGAAGACCCCCUUGUGCUGGGUGAGUCAGCGCAGAGAGAAACUGGUGCCAGUGGAACCUCCCCUGAGGGAGAAGGAACAGCUCUACCAGAGCCAAGGGCGGCCAAGGCAGCCUUCACCAACAGACUGAUGCAAAAUAUGUUCAGUGAUGCUCACACUAUAAUGGGGCACUCACUACCUUUAUUAUACACAUUCUUUAGUAGAGCUUCUUCCAGGGGCAGUUUACAGACAACAUUAAACAUUGCUGCAGUUUAUAACUUAUUAGAACCCUAGGCUCAGGCUAUUUUAAGCCAGAAUCUCUCACCUCCACUGAAUUUGCUCACCUCUGAAAAACAGGAGGUGAAUGGAAACUGGAAUUCUGUGCACAAUUCCAGUUUUCCAUAUUCAAGAUAAGAGUUCUUACUGGAACAGGUGCAAAGAACUACUGGGAGGCCAAGGAGAAUGAAAAGCCUGUCUCUUAGCAUUCGCUGGAAAAGAGAGAUCUGUUUAGUCUAGCAAAAAAGGAGCUGAAAGGGGUUAACAGCUCUCUGUUAAGACAUUAGGGAAAUCAACAGCGUGGAGAAAAAAUAGACAACUAUGGAAGAUACAGGUUGAUGUUAGUAUAGAACAACUGGGUAGGAACUGCUUAUGAAUUAAUUUAGGCUUGAGCUUAACAAGACUUGAAAAAGAGUGUUAUCCAUCAGAACUAGAAUAGUUUGUUCAGUUUAUAAAAGGAAAUUUUACAUGAGGUUUAGAUAGCAAGGGCCAGCUUUCAAUAACCUUGGAUAUACUCCUAAGAUACCAAACAGUCUAAUAUUUUAAUGUGGGGACAUUCACAUUAUCACCUAUUUUAGACUGAGGGUAGCCCUACAGAAGAGGAGAUAAGAUUUAUUUGGCUUCCCAGUUCAGUAAAGCUGGAAGCUGGAGCAACCAGAGUUGACUCCAAAAUCAUUUUAUUUCUCAACAUAGGCCACACUAGACUUCGACUUUUGGAUUCAGAAAGUAAGAAUUGUGUGGUACAGGACAGCACAAAAGGAUUUCUGCAGUAAUCACUGCAGGUCAUAAGCUAAGUGACUCUAAUACUUGGUUAUUGCCUAACAAAUGCAUCCCGAACACUUAACAAGCGUCUGCAAUGGAUUAUCUACACUUUUCCCUAAAAAGAACUUCAUCUAUUGUUUUCUAAAAGAUGAACACAUUUUGAUAGUAGAGUGAUCAAUAGAUAAGUAUUUUCUAGAAGAUAAAUAAAUGACCAAAGAAGCUACAAACA